AUGGAACCCUCUGAACUCUUAAAGUAUUAGAUAAAUGUAAUGAGUGAUGAACAGAAAUGCAGUGGUUUUAAUGCAUAUUUAAACGAAUAACUGUUCCAAUCAGCACAUAAAAAAAAGAGUCUGGAAUAAUAAGAAAAAAUAAUUCAAUAAUGGAAUAAAUUAUCCUCAGAAGAGAAGAAAGAAUUUUAGGAUAAAGAAGAAGAGAUUAGAGAACAAGUAUAAAAGGAAAAGAAAGAAAAAGAGAAAGAAAAAUCAAAGAAAUCACAUAAGAGUCAUCAAAAUAAAUAGAAGGAUCACGAUGAUGAUGACAUGGAACAAGUUCAAAAAAGUGUUUAAAAAAUGAAGAUUAAUGAAGAGAAGUAGCAUCAUAAAAAAAAGACAAAUGAUAUGAAGCAUGAUAAUCAUGAAGAUAAGGAAGAAGGUGAAGAUGAGGAAAAAGAAGAUCAUCAUAAAAACAAAGGCUGGAACUCUAAGUAAGAGAAAUAAAAAAUGUCAGAGAAAGAGGAUGAAGAUGAGGACGGAGAAAAGUAGGAUUAGGUUAAUGAGGAAGGAGAACAUAAAACAAAUAAAAAAUAAUACAAAUCUAGGUCGAGUAGAUCUGGAUGCCGAUCCGGUUAGAGAUCUGGUUAAAGAUCAGGAUGCGGAAAAAGAAAAAUGUGA